AUGGCAGCCAUCUCGGCCGCCGAUUCAACCCGCGGUACCACUAGCAUUCCAAUCGUCAUGGGCACGUUGGACGCCAUUGGAGUUGGGCAGAAUGACAGUGAUUUGUCCUUCAUGUCAAGCUUUACAUUGGCUAAGCGAGCGCGUGCAAGGGAGUUCAAUCACGUUACCGCGUUCCGUAGCCGCAUUAGGGAGUACAACUCCGCUUUGAUCUUUACUUCCGUUAAAUAUACCUCAGAUGAACGCAUCGACCGUCAAGCUGGGGGGGUGACAUGCUUCCAAAUCCAUGGCGAGCUAUAUCACCUUCAGGGGCCCCUGACUGCAGCAGCAAACGAUACGCCCGCUUUUGCUCAGUUAUAUUUCUAUGACCCACUCUACGCUGCACAAAUGAUGCAGCAGGGACAUCCAACUCUAGAUAUUGCGGUUUUGGAACGGUUGACACAAGAGAUACACACAGUCAAUCCAUUUAUUCCAUUAUACAAGACAGCGAAGGAAAGAUUGGAAGCUGCGUCCUCACAAGAUGGAGAUGUACGUGUCUUACUCAAUCCGCAAUUGCGGUUGAUAGUGGAGAGUGGAGCGGACAAGCGGAGACACAAUUUGCCUACAAGCAAUGAAGUCGCUGCGAUUAUCCCGGAUGAAUAUGGUGAAGCAGGAUUCCGGGAUAUUGUCUUAGCACAUAGAAAUCCAGAUGCCAAUAGGCAGUUUAGUAUAAUUGAUCCUAAUCAUGCCGCUUAUAUGCCCUUACAUUAUGUUCUGCUAUUUCCAAAUGGUGAGAGGGGUUGGCAUUGGGGCUUACGGCUGCGGGAUGAGUUGAACCGAAGGAAGAAUUUAAGGUUACAGCAACGCGAAUUUUACAGGUACCGACUGCAUACCAGGACGACUGAACCCAUGACUUUGUUCCUCUCGCAACGGCUAUUUCAGCAGUAUUUGGUAGAUGCUUGGGCUGUUUGUGAUCAGAAUAAGUUGAAUUGGCUUCGACUGAAUCAAGCAAAUAUUCGGGCUGAUCUGUACAAUGGGUUGGCGGAUAAUAUGCGGCAAGAGGACUUCAACUCGGAACAAACCGGGAAGCGUAUCAUUCUACCACGAAGCUAUACAGGAGGCGACCGAUACAUGCUGCAGUUGUUCCAGGAUUCCAUGGCUAUAGUCCGUCAUUUUGGGCGUCCCUCACUAUUUGUUACCUUUACCGCGAAUCCAAAGUGGGAAGAGAUUACUGCGGAGUUACUACCGGGGCAAACUGCUGUUGAUAGGCCAGAUUUAGUUGCAAGGGUGUUCCAUCUCAAGCAACAACAACUCCUCCAAGAAAUAAAGCGUAAACACAUCUUUGGUCGCUAUCUUGGGUCUGUAUGGACCAUUGAGUACCAGAAGAGAGAGCUGCCACACAUGCAUCUAUUGAUAUUCCUUCAUCCGGAUGAUCGCUUUCUGACAGCAGAGAGGAUCGAUGAAAUUGUAUGUGCAGAGUUACCGGACCCCGCGACUGAUCCUACGGGGGAACUAAAUGCAAUCAUUAGAAGUUGUAUGGUAUACGGUCCAUGUGGAGAGGCCAAUAUGCGAUCGCCCUGCAUGGCUUCAAAGGAGAAUGGGGGACCAACUGCAUGUUCGAAACGGUACCCUAAGGCCUAUCAAUCAGAGACAGUUGUACAGGAGGAUGGCUAUCCACUGUAUAGAAGACGUAAUGAUGGCAGAACCUUUUCAGUGGCAGUAAGGGGCUCAGGGUUUAAUCAAGAGUAUCAGAUGGACAACAGAUAG